ACCUCUGUAUUUUCAAUUCCCAUUUCCAUUUCCAGGUUCAAAUCCAAAGUUACCAGACGAGCUUCCGUUUAUCUUUCUGCGCCAGCACUAUCUCCAUCGACGACGGAUCGCGCCACCUCCGUUUGCUUCUCCAGUCUCUCAGAUAUGGAUGGUACUGCAGGCCCUACUCUGUUUCCAUUGCAUCGCUGUAAAACUGUGCACCUGGUGAGACAUGCACAAGGGAUUCACAAUGUAGAAGGUGAUAAGGAUUUUAAAGCAUACCUAUCUCAAGAACUUUUUGAUGCACAACUUACCCCUCUGGGAUGGCAGCAGGUUGAUAAUUUGCGCAAGCAUGUUCAUGCAUCUGGACUUGCCAAAAGGAUUGAUUUAGUUAUCACGUCUCCUCUACUAAGGACAAUGCAAACAGCUGUUGGAGUAUUUGGUGGGGAGGACUAUGCAGCAGAUGGGAUGCAGGCACCUCCACUAAUGGUAGCAAAGGCUGGAAAUAGUGACCAUCCCGCAAUUUCAAGUAUAGAUUGCCCGCCUUUUGUAGCAGUGGAGCUUUGUCGAGAACACUUGGGCGUUCACCCAUGUGAUAAGAGAAGAAGCAUUACGGAAUAUAAGCCUCUUUUUCCUGCAAUCGAUUUUUCCCUGAUAGAAAGUGAUGAGGACAUUUUGUGGAAGGCCGACAUUCGAGAGCCAAAUGAAGAAGUUGGAGCUAGGGGAAUGAAGUUUAUUAACUGGUUGUUGACACUAAAAGAGAAGGAGAUUGCAGUUGUUACCCAUAGUGGAUUCCUGUUUCACACCCUAAUUAGUUUUGGAAAUGACUGUCAUGCGGUGGUGAAAAAUGAGAUCUGCAAACACUUUGCUAAUUGUGAGCUCCGCUCCAUCGUGAUUGCCGACAGAUGUAUGCAAGGAUCAGACUCCUCCACAACUAACUAUCCAGGAAAGAUUCCCAGUGGCCCUGAUCCCCCCAGUGAAGUUGUAGAUGAGAAUCAGACAGAGAAGGGAGUUCCCAAUUCAUCAGCCUGAUUGGUUGGCGAGUUGGAUUCUAAUUCACCCAUGAUAGCAUUGUUGGGAAGUGGUUUAUCAAGGUUCCCAUUUCAUUUAGUAUAAACAAAUGCCGGUCUGUGAGGCGAUACCAAGAUUCUUUUACAGAGUUGUGCCAUUCAGAAAGAGUGGUAGGCAUUGAUUCUUUAAUGCAGUGAAAACUGACAUUCUCAGGGGCUUGUUAGUUUUAUUUGUUUAUUUUUGGAUAUUAAUAACAGGGUUAGAAUUGCAUACAUGUUUCUGAAUGGCAUGUUUUCUGUGCCAGCAACAGCAAGAUUUUUUUAGCAAAAAUUUUCCUUUU